AUGGAUCAGAACAGAAGUGCGUUCGUGCUUGGAAUCGUGGGAGCGGCGAUAACGCUUUCGGCUUAUUCUCAGACUUUGAUAUCGCCGACGCAGUGCAUCGCAGUCGGCCUGCUUGUCCUAGUUUUUGGUCUUCUUGUCAGGGAAGGCCUUAUUAAUAUAUAGACUGUGAUGCUUGCUAUACGAAUAUCAUUUUCAUUUUCAACGCUGUUGCUCUCUCUUCUUCAUUGCUGUUGUUUUAAUAAUUGUAUGUCGGUAGUCAAGAACAACCUCUACGUUUUAUGUUUGUUUGAUUUGGAAUGUGUUUUUAAUGUUGUUUGUGCUGGAUUUAUUGGAUUUGUUUUCAAGAUUACAUUAAUUAGUUGUA